UAGCUGCCAGUCGAGCAAGAGCUGUUUGGCUUUUGUCUUGCUGUCGGACCUGUAGUGAUCCGGGUGCAUAAAACUAAGCAUAUAAUUAUUUUUAGGUAACUAUUAAAGCUUUUCACAUAUAUUUAAAGGAUCAGCGUUUGAAAUACACUGCAGCCACAGGAUACGUUUAGACCAUUUUUCUUUCUUCCUAAGGCUCUGACGUUGACAAGGAACCUGCUGGUUCCACUGACUCUUCCCAGCCAAGUAUGAGCCAGCCCUCUGACCCCCCUAACGAAGCAGCCCCCCAGGCAGAAGUCAAACUGGCGGCAACUUCAGGAAAGAAGCAGAACAAGAAGAAGGUGGAAGAAGUGGUUGAGGAGGUGGAGGAAGAGUAUGUAGUGGAGAAGGUUUUGGACCGGCGGGUGGUGAAGGGCAGAGUGGAAUAUCUGCUUAAAUGGAAGGGGUUCUCUGAUCAAGACAACACAUGGGAGCCAGAGGACAACCUGGACUGCCCAGACCUGAUAGCAGAGUACCUGCAGUCUCAGAAGGUGACCCAUGAUCAGGAGAAGGAGGAGGCCGGGGGAAAGAGGAAGAGCACAGAAUCCGACACAGAGGGUACUGGGGAGGACAGUCGGCCCAAGAAGAGAAAAGACGAGUCGGAAAAGCCCAGGGGUUUUGCUCGAGGACUUGAACCAGAGCGCAUCAUAGGGGCCACUGACUCCAGUGGAGAACUCAUGUUCCUUAUGAAGUGGAAGAAUUCUGAUGAGGCAGACUUGGUGCCUGCCAAGGAGGCCAAUGUGAAAUGUCCCCAGGUGGUCAUCUCCUUCUACGAGGAACGGCUAACAUGGCACUCUUAUCCCACUGAGGAAGAGGGAAAAAAGGAGGACAAAAAUUAAGGAUUGGGGAUUUUAUCAGGGGAUUUUCUUGUGGAUUUGUUUCUACUUACUAUAUAUUGUUUUAUACAAAUUCAAACCUGUUGCAGUGGCCUUCCAGACACAAUACCAGAAGAGUUGUGUUUUUUGUGUAUGGAAUGCAGCAUUCCUUCUUCAUUCUGUCUUGCGUCUCAUUAGUGCUAGGACCAAAUUUAAAGACAAUAAAAAGAUCUCUCUUCACUCCUGCCUUCGACUGGAUCUUGCAUUUCCAUCAAUGGUCCUCCUCCAGUCAUGUUGCACAAUAUAUAUUUUUAUCUAAAAUCAUCAGACAGGUCAUUUGGGUUGUCUUAUUCUGAGUGUGGGUUUUAUUUUAGAUGGAGUUUGGAAGGGCUGUAUAAAAGGACUGAUUUUAGGUCAUGUGUCAAAUCUCAAGAGGACUGUGGCUACAUGUGAGGUGCUUCCAUUUUUACAAGGAUCUGUGGGUUUUAAUUUUGGUUAUUAAAGGGCAAUUUAACAGCAUAAAUAAGGAAUACUGUGAAUUUUUGACAUUUACUAUAAAUAGAAUUUAUUCUUACCUGAAAAGGCCUGGGAACAGCAUGGAUAGAACUGAGAACUGGUCACACAUUUUAUGUCCAUACAUUUUCCUAAUGAUAUGAUCAUUCAUUCACCUCAAUACCUCAUACCACUUGUUCUUUGAAAAUGUAGGAAUAAGUUUUUGCUUACAAAAACAACACGUCUUUAAUAAUGGAAUUCAUGCACAGAGCACAGGAAGGUGUACUAAAAGUAUACAUUUUCAUAAGUGGGAAAUCUUUUAUGAUAACCCACUUGUGACUUGCAGCAGAUGUGUGCAUACGUAAUAGGUAUCACACAGAUAUCGGUACCUCCCCACAGAUCACAGGAAAUUGAAGUUCCUCUGAGCCAAUGUUCCUUGUCCCUUCUCUGUGACUGCUUCACUAGCCCAGUAAUGCUGAGGUCCAUAUGGGUUUUGAAAAAAAAAAACACCUUUUCAGGAUAAUUUGUGAUCAUGAGCAGCUUGGUAUACCUGACUUGGGUUUAAUGUCAUACAUCUGAGACUUCUGCCUAAUGGAAUUCAUUAGAACGUUUCUGUUCGACUAACCUUCAAAGGAGUUUUGCACUAAUUUUUUUUUCCCCGUGGUUCCUCAUUAGUAUCUGGUUUUGUUCUUGUAGUGUGUACAAUGUAUGGUAAAUUUUUCUUGACAGUGUUGUUGCUUGAGUUAAAUGAUUUUUUUCUUGUCAUUGAAUAUUAAACAUUUCAUUCAAGUGUCA